CGAAUAGAAGUUUACAAGAAUUGGUUAGGUUAUAAUACUGACCUACUUAAACAGAUAUUAGAGUCUCGAGCAUCACCUUGCCAUAUUUCACUUUGGUUUUUGUCACCUGAUUGUGCUCAAUUAGCUGCCAACACUUUCUCAGUUCCCAUUGCUAUUUUUGAUGAGAUAAAUGAACAAAGUAUGUUGUUCUUUCCAUUGGAAAUGCCACCAGUACAUAGAAGAAAUCCUAUUAUCUUACACUUUAUAAAUGAAAACCAUAUUAUAUAUAUAAGUAUGAAAAGUUAUGCGAAAGUUAAUUGGCCAGUAGUUAAUGUUCAACAUAUACCAAUUUGUCGCAAAUAUGGUCUUGAAGACUACUGGUCAAAAUUGUUUGCAUAA